AUGAAACUUAAAGCAGUUAAUGGCGCAGAAUUUUCACUUGAAAAAUAUAAAGAUUUGCCUACAUCAGGAUUUGAAUUUUUAACUGUGUAUACUUGUAUGCAGAGUGAUUCCAAUUUACUAUACAUAGUCUAA